AUGUACCUUCCGACCAGACUUGAUGACGCGCAUACGGACUCUUUCAAGUUCCGUCAUGCUACAACCCGCCCAGCCUUUCGAGAUUCAGCAGAAGAUUCUACCAGGGCUCAGCACUUCCCCAUGGACAUGAGUACCAAUGAGCUUUGCGAGAGCUUGCUGUAUGCUACUGCACCGGAUUCCAUGUGUCCAUGCUCUGGCUAUAUGCUCGAAGCGAAUGUGCAGCUAGAACACAAGCACCGCUAUCAUGAUAUGCAGCCUGUCAGGCCUGGCAAACCAGAGUACUUGUACGAUCAAAACAUCAGCCGCAUGGUGCCAUUGAAUGAUGCGGCCUGCUUCGAUGGGGUUGCUGUGGCUGUGCUCAUUCAGCAACACCAAAAAAAAUCCCUGCGACUGCGAGAGAUUGUGCAAGAGCCAGCUGCACUAAGUACCCCGGAUCAUGAUCCUGGUAUAGAGAUGCAAACAGCCGGUCUAGAUGACGAAGACACCGGGCUCAGCACAGAAGCAGUCACACAACCCAGAUUCCCACUGCAGUUUACACCUUCGCUUCAGGGUAUCCACAUUCCCCGCUGUCGAGCUCUACCUUUCACGUCCAGCUCUAGAAAAGGAUGCGCAAUAUAA